AUGAAGCCGUCAACGAGUAAAGCGGGUUCAUCAGCACAGUCGCCACCACCAGAGGAGCCGAAUUCAGCAUAUGUUAACAACGAAUUGCCAGAUCCAGAUGACGAGCCACUUGUGAGCGAAAUGACCGUGUACAACAAGGGUCAAGAGGAGGCUCGUCUCAGGUCGCAAGAAGCAUAUGAGAAGUUCCAGAAAACGAGACAAGAAAGUAUUUCAAGCCAACGAGCAGUGACAGCGCAGCUCUACCAUAGAUUCACAGAGGAUGAGGAGCGGAAGAGGAUGGAACAUCAGAAGAACAAGGAGGCGAUGAAUGCAUCAGUGGCUUCGGCAUCUCGAAAUGGGCAUAUUGAUAAUCGAAAAAGAAGAAAUGAUGUUGGUAGCCUUUCUGCUGAAGAGGAAUGGAGAAGAGCUCAGCAGCAGCAGCAUUGGAUGGGUCAAGCAGCUCCAAUGCAUCCAAGUUAUCAGAUGCAGCAACAGUAUCAUCAGCAGCAAGUUGCUGCACAACAUCAUCAGUUUAUGGCUCCGCAUUCUGUACCAACUCCUGGAUCAAUCCAUCGGCCAAGUCCGUCCGGGAUGCAGAGUGUCUGCUUACCGACUUCCGACGAAAACAGUCUCGAUGUUCCCAACGGAGAAUGGUUCGAUAAGCUGGCAGUUAUGGUUGCUGAAAAGUACGAUGCAACUACAAUACUGGGACCGGACACAUAUGAUGUGUACUUAAACGAACUAGACGCAAUGGAGCCAGUUGGGGAGACGGUGAAAACUCCUUCAGAAGCGGGACAAUCAGCAUCACAACCGAUGAACCCCCAGCAGCAGCAAAUGGCUCAGCAACAGAACAAAAUGAGGAUGCUGCAGCAACAAGAAAUGAUGGAGCAGCAACGGCAACAGCAGAUGAUGCAUCAACACCAGCAACAACAUCGUCAGCAACAAAUGCUCCUGCAACAACAGCAAAUGCACCAAUUGCAGCAACAAAAUCAGAUGAAUGGUGGCCAGUUCACCCAGGCUCAGCAGCAUGCUGUUUAUCUUCAAAGGAUGCAGCAUAUGAGAUUGCAACAACAACAACAACAACAGCAACAACAAGCUCAACAUCAUCAGCAAGCUCAACAGCAUCAACAACCACACCAAAAUGGAGUCAUGGGUUACAGUGUUCCAAAUGGAUAUGCUCACCCAAAUGGAUAUGCUCCUUAUGGACAUCACAUGCCGCAUCACACUCCAUUCGCCAAUAUCAAUGGAUGA